AUGCGGAACCCCAAACCUUCACAAAGGUGGGCGCUAGGUCUGUGGUCGUCCAUAAAAUGCGUGGACAAGUCCCGAGUGAAGCACUCUGGUGCCGCUGUGGACAAUCUGAUCACAGAGAUCCGCCUGCUGAAAACCCUCACCCACCCUCAUAUAGUGCAGAUGAAGGAGUUCACAUGGGAUGACAGGAGCAUCUACAUAAUAAUGGAGUAUUGCUGUGGUGGAGAUCUCUCGAAGUAUAUCCACCGUUACGGACGCGUUCCGGAGAAGAAGGUGUUAUACUUCCUGCAGCAGUUGGCAUCAGCUCUGAAGUUCCUGAGGGAGAAAGGCGUGGUGCACAUGGACCUGAAACCUCACAACCUUCUCCUGCACAAGGGCUCCGACGGAAGGUACACCCUCAAAGUGGCGGAUUUCGGUUUUGCGCAGUUGGCGCAGAACGGGUAUGCGAGGGGACUCAGGGGCUCCCCCCUCUACAUGGCGCCGGAACUGCUCAGGGGGGAGGGGGAUGAGCGAGUGGACCUAUGGAGCGUCGGUGUGAUCCUGUAUGAAUGUCUCUUCGGACGAGCCCCUUACUCCUCCGCCACCUUCAAAGAGCUGGUGGACAAGAUCCAGAGGCAGGCUCCCAUCGAGCUGCCCCCCAAAUCCUCGAUAUCGCCAGGUUGCCAGGACCUCCUCAGUAGGCUCCUGCAACACGACCCUGACAGGAGGAUCAGCUACGAGGAGUUCUUCGCCCACGAGUACCUGGAUCUGGAGCACAUGCCCUCGAAAGAGAAUUACGAGAAGGCGGUGGGGCUAAUGAGGGGCGCGGUGGGGGCGGAGGCCGAGGGGCGGCUCGCCGAAGCCCUGGAGGCCUACGGGGAGGCGCUGCGCUACUUGCUGCCCGCGGCCGCGGCCGAGCCCGACGCCCUGCGCAGGGCGGCCCUGGCGGCCAAGCUCUCCAGGUACAUGGAGAGGGCAGAGGAGAUCAAGAGACACCUCAAGGGCGAACCGGCCAAAGAACCCAGCCCCAGCAUUAACGGGCGAGAAGAUAUCCCACCAGUUCUGGAUCAGCAGCCGCAGGAGAUGAAUGGAGAAGAGACCAGAGACGACUCCAAUGAGGACGUGAAACAAUGUGCGGAGAAGCGCGUAGGCCUAGCGCGGCUUCUACGGCGUAGAGGACCCUCGCCCUCUACGACACUCAAUGCGCCGUCAUCAACGGACGGGCAGACGGACAAGAAGCAGAAAGCAACCGAAGAUACGAACGACAUGUGCAAAAUCACC